GAGAGAAGAUGGCGUUCCCUGGUGGCUCCCUCGUGUCGAGCAUUCUGCAAAAGUCCAGCGCUCUGGACCAGAGGCUGGUGGAAAGCGGUGCCCAGAAACUCUCGAAGAAGGUCGGGCAGCUGAAGGAGGAGAUGUACGAACACGUGCGGCAGAGAUACGUCGAGUUCGAGACUCACGUGCAGACGACGUGCCAGCUGAGGGAGAAACUGAGGGAGGUGGAGGGCGAGUACCGACGGCUGAACGCGGACAUCGGCGGAGAACUGAGACGCAAGAUUGCCGACUCGGCAGAGAAACGACGCGAGAUCGAGGACAGUCUCCGCGACGUCCAGGAGAAGAUGGAGUUUGUUCGGAGAUUGGCCUCCGUUCACGAGGAGCUGCAGGCGUCCCAGCGGAACCUGGACGAGGGGGACUGGGUUGAGGCGGCACAGAAGCUGCACGACGUGGCCGUGUGCCUUGGGGAGCUGUCAGAGAUGGGCUGCGAGGCGAGGGUGUUCAAUGCUCUCCAAGAAGAAACCGCUCUCGUGAACUCUGAGGCAGACCUCACGCUCGUGGAAGAGUGGGACAAACGAGUCAACUGGAGCCCCGAAUCGGCCACAAAGGACCCACCGUAUCACGUGAUUCUACAGACUAAGCUGAGCAUUCCGUCAAGCUACACUCUCGACAUAGAAGGAGACGGGAGGUCUCUAGCCGAUGUAGUCGGUGCAUGUCGGGCCCUCGAUACGUGGGCAGAGGUUCAGCUGGAAUUCUCCAAUAAACUCCGUCAUCUCAUCGUGAAACCCCUCGUCACAAUUCCAGCCCUGGGGGUUGCAUGUCAAGUCCAGUCCGCAAGGAGCUGCAUCAUUCUCUCAAUCACCGAGGCAGAGGAGGAAGAAGAAGAGAAAGAGGGCAGUGAGAGGAUUUCCGAGCUCUACGCGAACCUUGCUACGGUAUUCAAGGUGGUCGGUCAAGUUGUGCCGGUGGAGAAAGAGGGGUGGACGGGGAAAGUGGGGAGGUUGGUGCUCCCGGAGAUGACCCAACUCAUCACAGAUCACCUCCUCAAGAAACACGUUCCAAAGACACCGGAAGAGCUGGAGAGAUACGAAGAAGUGAAGGUAGCGACAUGUGAGUUUGAAGCCGGGUUAACAGAGUUGGGUUUUGCUGAGGCGGGGUUUUCGGGGCUCUCAGAUUUCACUCAGAACAUUGAGGUCUAUUUCGAGGAGCAGAAACGACAAGAGUUGCUUGCAAAUGCUCGAUCGAUUCUGAUGAAGUCCAUCCACGACACGGAGAAGGUCGUGACUCCGGAACGCUCUGAGAUCGGCCAUGCCUCGCCCUGGAGCGAGGGGGAGAAGGGGGGAGGUGGCAGGGAGAAAUGGACACCACAACUAGAGCCUGGAACAAAGAUCCCGACGUUAACGGAUCUGAUGUUGCACGAAGACAAGUUGAGGGAUGUGGGUACUCAUUUCCCCGAGUGUGCAGUCAGCAGGUGCAUAUUGGAGUAUGUAGCUCUACUCUGCGACCUCUUGGAGGCUAGCUACUCCAAGGAGACAGAGGAGGAAAAGAUGGACAUGUUUCGGACCGUGCGGGACCUGAUUGAUCUCUACCGCGCCGUUUUCCCGACUCAUCACAGCGGGGACAUUGCCACUAUUCCGGCCGCGGCGGCAACGUACUACAACAACUGCAUGUACCUCGUCCACCACCUCAUCGUGGAGAGCGCAAAGCUCUCGCGGAAUCUGUCGCCACGUGCCUCCUUUGUUGAUCUCAUCCUCAUCGUUAGACGAAUGGGCGAGGACACCUUUCAGCAGGAGAUGCGGAAACAACGCGAGUCUGUCCUGCGCAGCCUGAAAACGGUUGGCGAUUUCGGUGGCGUUUCGAACGACGACAAGAGAGACGAAGUGUACCGUGGGGUGCGCCAGGGGCUGUUUCAGAUAACCCAGCUCAGCAGGGUGUACAAGAACACCCUGCCGGUUCACGUCCACCGAGACGCCGCAGGGAACCUACUCGACGUGCUGGUGUCCUACAUGAUCCAGGGUGUUCUGUCGCUCGAGGACAUUGUGAGCAAGGAUUCGUCAGAAUUGAGCAGACUUCUCGGCGUGAUCGUUGAAAAAGGGCCGUCGGUGAUGCAGAUGAGUGAGGAAGAGGCAAAGAAAGAGCUCCAUCACCACUGCCCCAGCUGGCUCCAGCUACAGGACCUGGCAUUUGUCCUCGAUGCUCGCCUGCAAGAGAUUGUCGACCGAUGGGCAGGGGGAGAGGGGACACUGGGCAAAAAUUUCAAAGCCCUGCAGAUUCGCACACUCAUAAAGGCACUGUUCACCAACACAGACCGCAGGGCUGCAGCCCUGGACAAGAUCACCAUGCAAAAAAAAUAGAUGUCAGGAAAUAUUUUUAGUAGUCUGAGAAAUUUUUUAGUGCGCUUUGAUUGGAGUAGGCGGCGUCGAUGCUGCUGCGGGUGCAGCGCUUCUUGAGGGAGGUUCGCAAGGCGACCAGACUGCAGAGCUACGACGUGCGGGAGGAAUUGGUGCUGUGGCACUUCAGGCACUCGAGCUCGCUGCGGGAAUGGAGCUGCAUCAGCGAUCGGGACAUGGGCGGCUACUCGACCGCUUCUCUGGAGCCCAAUGGGAAAGGAACGGGAGCUAGGUUCCACGGCCAUCUGAGUGUCGAGCGGCCGCCAAAUGCGUCACCGCGUUACAGUGGAUACUGCGCCAUUAGGUCCAAGCCGAGAAAAGUAACCAUUGACUGCUUUAUCAGCAGCAGACGACGCCAUCUCUCGAACGAUGCAGGAGCAGUGGAUGGAGAGCGGGUUGUACGACGUCUCCGGUUACGAUGCGCUCCAGUUGCGUGUGCGCGGAGACGGACGGAGGUUCAUUGCGAACCUUAGCGCUCCCAGCAUGGGACGCAGGGACGACGUCUGGCAGACAUUCGUGUUCACCAGAGGCGGGCCUGAAUGGGAGGACAUUACUUUGCCGUUUUCCGAGUUUUUCCUGACAAAUCGUGGCUACAUGCAGGACGCUCAGACACAUCUGCCCAGGUCGUCCAUCAGCACAGUGGGCCUACUGUUGGCUGACAAAGUGACUGGUCCGUUUGAGCUCGAGCUGCAGGCCAUCAAAGUAGUCAGGCGAAUGAGCAGCAGAACAGAGAAUUAGACACAUUGCCGUUCAUUAACUCAUUGACAAACACUUUUGAUUCCAUGUGAGGGUACAGUGACAAGGCAUCACCUAUUUGCUCCGUUAUUGUCCUUUCCACAUGGGAUCUAUCAUUUGUGUGUCUAUUCUGGGAUACAUGUAAUGUGUUUGGAGUUGCUUGGCUAUCUUUUCUUUGGGUUGUCUGUAGUCUUGAGGAUGGAGAGGGAAGAUUAAGAGGUUAGGUGGAUAUGCUGUGAGGCUUACCUGAUCCAAACCAAGUUUCUUGAUCCAGCCGUGGAUGGUGUGUAAGGUAUCUGGGUUAGGAUGCAUGCGUACGUCCUGGAGCGAGACUGCGAAAGAAAAAAACGUAACGUAAUGCGUGCGCGGUUUCGGACGCGACGUUUUCGUUCUGCUCACUAACUUGUGAUGUCUUCUCCUUUGCGGAGACGGUAAUAGACGGUGCCGAGGCCGCAGAGCAUGGUUCCUGCCCAUAUCCACACCAUAGGAAUGGUGUUUCGAGCGACAAACAGUCUGAAACGGUACCACCGGCCUCCUAGCGAAUUCAUCUCCGCCGUAUUGUAAAGGUCGAAGUGCACACGUGUGUCGCUUCAGCCGUCGUCAUCAUCAUGAAGCUGUUGACUCACAACAUGCUCACGUCCCACGUCAAGGGAGUCAAGAACGGCUUCCCUCUGAGAAUACUGGCGAGGAAGGUGGAGGUGAGACAGAUUGACUUCAACCCCAACUUUAUCACGAGAAUGAUACCCAGGAUCGACUGGUCCGUUCUGAGAGCUGCUGCUGAGAACUUGGGUCAUGGACAAGGCCUGCCAGAGAGUCCUCCCGAAGAGUAUGAAUCGCAAGAGGAUUUCCUGAAAUCUGCACACCACGUGCUCAUGGAGGUCGAAGUGUUGGAAGGUGAUCUGGAGUGUCCAGAGUCUGGGAGAAAGUUUCCAGUCACAGAGGGAAUUCCAAACAUGCUACUGAGAGAAGACGAAGUGUAGCUACCUAUACACCAUGUCUCAUUCACUGCCUCACUUAUGACAAUUUUCCGCUGUACUGGUCUCGAAUUUUUCGUGAUGGUGUGCAUGCUGAACUGACAAAAUUUUGUAACAGCCAAUAUCACAGGAAUCUAAGAUUCAGUAUAAUGCUGGUGAAAAAGUAUAUAAUUAUUAUUGCUGGUCAUUCGCUUGAGCAUAAACGACCUCUUCCACUGCUGAAGCUUGAGCUUCUCCGCUCACAUUAACAUAUCCAGGCCCCGGAGCAGUCUGAGGGUUGUUAGCAGUGGAAUCAUCUGGAGCGUUGCCCCCGGUUCCAGAGUCAUUAACGGGAUUUUCGUACUCCUGGGGUGUGGCCGGUGGGCUGGGAUUGGGGUGGUCAUAAGGGCUCUGGCAGAUUGUGGCAUAGUGGCCGUCAUCGCCACUGCUCCCACCUGUGUCUUCUCCUCCUCCAUCCUCUCUUCUCCCUGUUCUGAACUUUACCAACUCAUAGGCCGCAUUACCGUAGGUUGAGAUGUCCUUCGCUUCCGGUAAAUCAGUCUGUUCUGCUCUCCAGACAGCGUUUGAAGGCUCUCUGCGGCGGUGUGCUGCUAUUCUCAGCCUGGCGAUAGAGACCGCAACAAUAGUGAGGGCAAUGAUGAGGAUAAUGGCCACUGCCCCUCCAAUUACAGCUCCGGAAUCAUCUAAAACACUCUGAGAGGUUGUUGCAGACACUGUAGGUGAUUUGCAUCCCUCGGUGUCAUUGGGAGAUAAGACAGCUACGGGGCAUUCAAGAUCAAUGCUUAUUUCAACUCGAGCCACUACGAUGCUCGAUUUGCUGCUGA